AUGUUCCACCCUCAGCUUCAAAAACUUCAUAUCAACGUUUUUACCAACAAUGUCAAACCGAUUUUGGUGACGGUCUAUGGCGAAACUGCGAACCUGAAGCCACACUUGAAGUUUUUUCAGUGGAAUCUUGGGUUUCAGUUUGAGGGCUGUGUGCAUCUGUGUUUAAAGUUUCGGCCUGUGAUUCAUCCUGUAACAAUAGAUUUGUUUGAACAUUUCCACGACUAGAACAAGACUGGAUAAACAUUUCUCAGAGCUUUGACGAACUCUGGAACUUUCCUCAUUGCCUUGGGGCUUUUGACGGCAAGCAUGUGAGCAUCGUCCUCCAUCUGGAAGCGGAUCGUACUAUUAUAAUUAUAAAGGUUUUCAUAGCAUGGUGCUAUUAGCCUUAGUUGAUGCAAACUAUCGUAUUUUAAUGUGCGAUUUCGGAACAAAUGGCAGGGUGUCUGAUGGUGGUGUAUUACAGAAUACCAAAUUUUUGGAAAAACUACAAAACAAUCUCCUGAAAAUUCCUGGAGAAGAAACCAUACGGAAUACUUACAGAAGCCUACCGUAUGUAUUUAUAGGAGAUGAUGCAUUUCCAUUGAGGGUAGACCUAAUGAAACCUUUUCGACAGGCAGCCUUGACUUCUAGGGAGAAA